CCUUGAAGAGACGCGGGAGGAGCUGGAGGAAUUCCAGAGCGGCAGCCGAGAGCUUGAGGCGGAGCUGGAGGCUCAGCUGGAACAGACGGAGAGUCGGUGCUCCGAGUACCAGUCACAGCUGAAUCGCCUGGCCAUCGAGAACGAUUCCCUCAAGGAACGGUUGGAGCGUCUACACAAUGAAUUCAACGGCCAAGUGUCAUCCCUACAAGGGAACUAACAGAAAUUAAGAAUCAAAGAAGACCUCUCACGCUACAUCCGGGAGCUUGAGCAAGCAAACGAUGACUUGGAAAGAGCUAAAAGGGCGACAGUGACAUCCUUAGAGGACUUCGAGGCUAGGCUUAAUUUAGCGAUUGAGCGAAAUGCCUUCCUGGAGUCUGAGCUUGAUGAAAAGGAGGCGUUGAAGGUUAUGGUGCAGAGACUGAAGGACGAAGCCAGAGAUCUUCGGCAGGAGCUGAGUGUAAAAAACAAGGACGACGACGAGCCAGAUAAUGACAGGGCUCUCCAACACCAGCAGAAUCACCUGCACCUUCAACCUCCUCCCAAGUUACAGCCUCCUCCUCAGACAGUCUCCGAUGAAAAUGUUGAUUCCAAUAAACUUGUUUCCAGCACACAGCUCACACUCACAGAUUCUGUUCCAAGCACACCUGUAAAAACACACCCUUUGCACAACAUAAACAAUGGAAGUGUACCAAUGACGCCAUCAGCAAGGAUAUCAGCUCUCAAUAUUGUGGGAGACCUUUUAAGAAAAGUGGGGGCACUGGAGUCGCGUCUAGCCUCGUGUCGUACACUCGUGAAGGACAACCAGCGCCCCCUCAGCCUGCUCCACCCGGCAACCACUCUGCCAGAUGAAAAUCCAGCAGAUUAACAGGGACUUGAAUAGGGUGAACUCAGUAUUCAAAGCAGAAAGAACCAGCUGACAUGCGGCUCCCCCACCAUCCCCACCACUGUGAUUCCUGCGUAGAGCUACCAUACACCAAAAUUGAUUCCCAGACAGACUCAAGAGGGAGAGUAGCUGAACGCCUCAAGGAUAGACCAUGCAUUCCAAAACAGUGCUCGAUAACGUUAAGAAAAAGCCAGAUAACGAAUGAUAUAAAUGGCAUUGCUUUUACACACAGAACUCCUGAAUUGGCCAGAAAACCAUGUGAAUCUAGUUUAAGAAGAGGCAUUUCAGAAUACAUGCCUCGCAGACUACUCGGACGGCAGCAAAGUCAAUGCAGUCAUGUCUGUGGCAAUAGUUACCCUCUCUAUGUAACAAAAGAUGAAUAUUUUUUCUAAAAAGGAAUCCCAAAAGACUUGUCCCUUUUAAGUUAAAUUCACUUCUAUGCUGCAGGAGUAGGAGGCUCUCCAGGAUGUCCUUGUAUAUGUAAAUAGUUAGUUUAAUUGAUUGAAGAGAUUAUUGAUGCAUCCGUUUUAGCAAAGAUCCUUUUUUUGUUGUGGCAUAACAAGUGGUAAGGUAAUUAUGUUUUGAAAUACUGCUGUGUGCACCUCCUAGGUAAGCUUUUUUUUAUUUCAAGUAAUUUGCUUUUAGUUCAUCAGGUGCUCCAUUUUCCUGCAAUCUGUGGAAAGUUAUUAAAUUUAGCAAGCAGAUGCCUAAAUAUCCUGCCUGUUAUCUGCAAUGUGAUACUGAUCAAAAGAGCCAAAAGGAGGCAGCAAAGCACAUAGCAGCAGCACAGUGUUAGUGAUGGACCUCACAGUUAGUCACAUCAUUGUGAUCAAAUCAAGUGCCCAAGAAUCCCAUAUUGUGACACGGAAAAGCUGAUAAAUGCACACCGCCUUUAUUUAUGACAGUCAUCAGUGUUAUGGUAGUGAAAUGCAUUGCAGGCUUUAUGAUCUUGUGUAUAUGUGUAUACCAUGGGAAUCUUCAUGGAAAUAUCAGCCAAACAUUGAUGCGUCUUUCUUAAGCAUAAUUUUAUUGAUAGUGAAAAGUUUCUUUGCUGUAACUGAGAUGUUAAAAGUAGAUAUUUCAAUUUGAUUGUACACUGUACUUGUCAUUCACAGUGAAUACUCUCGAGUUGUGCUUAAGAAAUGGUGUCGCAGCCUCAUCUUCUAGUUUCCUCUGUCAAAUUCCAAUUUUGUACAUAAUGGUAACUCUUCAGUUCCUUGAUAUCUCUUGUUACAUAUUGAUAUAGCUGUACCAUAGCUUCUUGGUAGAUUGGACAAUAUCACCUAUGUAAUUUAUGAAAGGUUCCUCCUGAAGCAGAGGUUAAUGGUACAAUGUUUCAGAUGCCCAUGUUUUAAGUGGCAGAUAAGUAGGCUAAUAAUCAAGUCUUGAAAUUAAAUUAUGGAUUGUGUAAGAUCUUUUUUUUUAUGAUUGGUUAAAUAGAUUCAGUAUUGUACUGUAAUCACCACUUCAGAACCAAACACAAAAAACCUGUGUAACUAGCCUAAGACUCGGUGAUAAAAGAAAAGAUUAUCAACAGCUGGGCAUAUUGUCCCAGAUGACUUUAGUUACCGGGAGUGUCAGGUUUUAUCUUGCAAUGACGUCACAUCUCCGAAUAUUCAAUCAGCAAAAUAUUUUCUCCACGUGCUUGGAUAAACCUUUUGUUUCAUUUGAUAUUUUUUAUUUUUUCUAUAUAGGUUUACUAUAGACAGUUAUCAAAUUAGUCUCAAGAUUAGAAGAAGGAAAACAAAUCUGACACUGAGAAUCUUUUCCAUUAUUGACUUUGAAAGAUAUUGGCAAUGGACAGGAUACAAUGUAUUCCUUUCCUUUUAAAGAACAAGUGAUGAAUAUUUACAUUUUAUAUUGCAUAUUUUGUUUAUUAGAUUGGUCUCUAUUCUCAUUAAAAAUUAGCAGAAACA